AUGAAUCAACCAAAACACAAUAAUGACAAUAAUAGUAGUGAUAAUUAUAACGCAUCAUUAUCAAAAAUAACUUCUAAUAGCAGUGGCAAUGAUGAUGAAAUUCUAGUCGAAAGGAUGUUGAUGAAUUAG